UUCAGGAAGUAGCUUCUCGAUCAUAACAAAAGCCGUAGGAAAACACCGUUUUCUUGAAAAAUACGGAUAGAUUUUCCGAUCUUACUCGGUAAAUCGGCCUGUAACGUGAAACACUUUCAAUAUGUAGACGGUUUGUUAUCUUGUCAGAUUUUACCACUUGUACAAUGUGCUGUUAUUUCGUUUAUUUAGACCACUUUGCUAACGUUCCUAGCUGGGUAGAGAGUUAGCCAAAACAGCUAACUUAAGUCUUAAAUUAACUUUGGUUAGAAGAAGAUUUUACAUCAAGACUGAGCGUCCAGUGAAUCUGAAGCUACUUCCAGUAAAAGUGGGAUAGUGUCUGUGCAUAGAGAAAUGCUGAAAGCAGCCAUUAGAAGAUGGAUACGCCACGGUCAAAAAGGGAUGGACAUGGUCAGCUACAAUACUCAGGUAGACUGUCAUGUUUAAAUGAUUACACCACCGCAAGCAGCCUAAACUGUCAAUACAAGGUAGGAUGAAUUCAUGCUGUUUAUGCAAAAUUCAGAUCAAGCAAUAUUUUUCCAAUCUACUUCUGUUCAAUUUUGGGGAUCUCCUGGGAAUUGUAGCCUCAGUUUCCUGUUCUUAGCUGACAGGAGUGGCACCCUGUGUGGGUUGAGGUGUUGUGCAUUCAGAGAUGCUCUUCUGCAUACCUUGGUUGUAACAACUAGGCAUUUGCAUUACUGUUGCCUUCCUAUCAGCUCAAAGUAGGCUGACCAUUCUCGUUUGAUCUCUAGCAUCACCAAGGCAUUUUCACCCACCGUUGUCUGUAAGCCAUAGAAGAUAGUUGUGUGGGGAAAACUGCAAAUGUGUAAUUGACCGGCUCAUCUGGUCCUAACAACCAUGCAACGUUCAAAGUCACCCUUCUUCCCCAUUCUGAUGCUCAGUUUGAACUUCAGCAGGUCAUCUUGAUCAUGGCUACAUGCCUGAAUGCACUGACUUGCUGCCACAUGCUCCGCCGAUUAGAUGGAUGCAGUAACAAGCAGGUCAACAGGUGUGCCUAAUGAAGUGUCCGGUGAAUGACGAUGCCACGCUUGCAGUCCGGUGUGUGGAAGCAUUUUACUCCAGCCAUCAAAGAUGGAAGAGAAACCUUCAUGUGCAACUACUGCUCAAAGACAUACACAAAGAACGCCACUAAGAUGCAGAUGCAUUUAGAUAAAUGCAAAGAGUACUCUGUGGUUUCGCAACAGUCACCGGGCCCAGAUGGGAGCUCCUCUGCCUCCAUCCCUGUUCCCUCGUUAUCAUUCUUGCCAUCUGCCACUCCUGGGGGACAGUUCCUCAUUGAUUCAGUGGAUCAGCGCAGCCAGGCGUAUGCUGAUGAAUGCCUGGCAAGAGCUGUGUAUGCCACAUCUUCACCACUUACUCUCACAGACAAUAUUUACUGGAAACGAUUUUUCAGCGCGCUUCGGCCUGCUUACUGUCCGCCCCCUAGAGAGGCUCUUUCCUCGCAUCUUUUGGACUGUGAGUUUGACAGAGUACAAAGCCAGGUUCAUGAGGCCAUAGGGAAAGCAGACUGCGUGACCAUCAUCAGCAGCGGCUGGUCUAACGUAAAAGAAACUGGGACGAUCAUGUAUGUUGUUGCAACUCCCGUACCGCUGUUUUACAAAUGCACAAUGACAAAGGAGCAGACACACACGAGCACGUUUAUUGCUGAGGAACUUAAAGGCAUCAUAAACGAAGUCGGGUCACAGAAGGUUUUCGCUGUUGUCACUGACGACGCCCCGGAAAUGGAGGCAGCGUGGGCUCAGGUAGAGGAAGCUUUCCCGCACAUAUCAGUUAUUGGCUGCACAGCGUGUGGUGUCAAGCAUCUCUUUGAUGACAUAGUGGCACAGCCGUCUAUGAAGUCUCUGUGCAGGAGAGCUGAGCAGGUGGUGAGGUGUGUUAAAGAGCGAAAAAUGUUAGCAGACACUUUUAGAUGCUGGCAGAACACAAAAAUAAUAAACCCCACUUCUAAAGGGACAGUACUGGAACUGCCCGCUGGCACAAACUGGACUGGUGUGGUUAACAUGUUCAGCAGCCUCCUCGAGGGUCAGAACUCUCUACAAGAGAUGGCAGUCUCUCCCACACUGGAUAUCGAAGUGUCCGUUAGGGCUGCUUUACAGGAUGCCGCAUUUUGGAAGGGGCUGAGUAGCAGUCGGAACUUACUGUACUUGAUUGGGAAUUAUAUUGAUUUCUUGAAAGGAGAAGAUGCUGCGCUCUCCGGUGUCGUUGACAUGUUCAGUCAGUUAAGAUACCUCAUCGGAACGUCUCUGUCAGCAUCUGUGCUGCACAGUGCUGAGCAGAAAGCUGUCAUGGCGUCAUUCGACAGGUGUCAGGAGUUCUGCAUGAAGCCCAUCCACGCAGCAGCGUACAUGCUUGAUCCAAAGCACGCUGGACAGCAGACGCUCACCGGGGAGCAGAUAAACAGCGCUUACUAUGUGAUAUCCAACCUGUCGCACCAUUUGAAUCUGGAUGAGGGUAAAGUGCUCGGAAGCUUUGCCAGGUUCUCAGCCAAGCAGGGACUGUGGAAAGGAGCUGGAAUCUGGAGCUCGUGUCAGCACGUGUCUGCAUCCACGUGGUGGAAAGGCCUCUGUUCUUCUGAGCCGCUGUCUGCUGUGGCCUUCGCUGUACUCCAGAUCCCGCCCACAACAGGUGCGUGCGAGCGCCUGUGUCAGCACUUCCGUAAUGCGAAGGUGGAAGGCUUCGUCUCAGCGGAAAGGGUGCAGAAACUUGUUUCAGUGCAGGCAAACCUCAAUCUUUUAGAGCCAAGUGACUGUGACUAUGCUCCGCUGGAGAGCGAUGAAGAGAAGAAGGUUUCAUUUCAGUCUGAGUCACAGCAGUAAGAGAAAAAUGCCUUACAGUUUUAGAAAAUACAACUAGUAGACUAAAUGUAAAUUUCCUUUCAGUGUACAGGAUUCGAACUGCAUUGCCAAACUAAAUAAACUGCACUGUGCUCACGUUACUUUCUAAAAUCCAAGGCUUGUGGAGAAAAAUGCCUUCUUAAGGAGCGACUGAAUCAGAUGCCUUUUAUGUGUAUGUGCAGUGAAUUCUCAAGUUUUUGUAUUACAUAUUUAAGUAGUAUGUAUCAACUUUAUAAUCACAACA